AUGGCAGCGUUCCUCGUCAUCACGCUCAUUUUCUUCGCGCUCGGCUUCCUAGGCUGCGUGCUCGUUAGGGUUCUCUACGAUAAAGGCCCGUCAACGAACCUGCUGCAUGUCACGCUGGUCAUCACCGCAACCAUCUGCUGCUGGCUCUCGUGGGCGAUUGUGUACAUGGCACAGAUGCAUCCCCUUGUGGUGCCUAUACUCAAGGCCGAAGGAGAAUAA